AAUUUAUAAUGUUGACAGAAUCGACAAUUCAAACGAAAACAAAGUCAUUUUUUUAGAGGAAAUUUUCGAAUUCAUUUUUAAAGAUUCUUUGACUGUGUUUGUAUCGGUUAAUUUCUGUGUUUGGUAGUUUUAAAUAAUAUUGAAACAGCGUUGAAAAUUGAAAAAAAUGAUUACCGGAAUGCAUCAAUAUUCUACAAUAAAAACAUCGUAUGAUGAUGUGCGUAAAUCCUAUGUAUCGGAUGUGAAUCCCUAUCGUCCAAUGAUCGUACAAGUUGAUUUUGAAGUUGGUGGCGAAGUUUCAGGCGUCUAUUUUAGCAAAUACGCUAAAAACAUAGCCGAAACAUUGGAUGUAAAGGGAUGGAUUCGUGUUAAUUCUCGUGGUUCCGUUUAUGGACAAAUUCAAGGUGAAAAAGAUAAGGUGGAUGAAAUGGUAAUUUGGCUGACUACACAGGGAAGUCCAUUCUCAAAAAUUCGUUGCUGUAUGAUGAAAAAUUGGAAAAUUAUUGACAAUUGUGACUUCAGAAAUUUUACGAUAAGAUAUUAAUUAUUCAUCAUUAAUUGAUCAGUUUGAUUUAACUGGAAUGAUAACAAUAAUGAAAUAAAACAUUUUCUGUGCAAGAAAAACAAAACAAA